GUCCUGCUACGAUGGUGCGUGGUUGAUAUCUGCAGAGCUGAGAUCUCGGAUAUAGUGACAGCGUGAUCCCCACUUGCACUACCAUCUUGCCAGCCGACGAGAAUUGACAGAUUUGCAAUACAUACUAUAUACUAAUGGAGUACCAAAGGCAGUUUUUCAAAGCUUGCAAGGUGAUCACCGGAUAUAUCGAACAAUGAACAACAAAGCGAUAAUCUCGGUAAUCUCUGCAGAUUAACAACAAUUGACAAGUUGGAAUGAUCGAGGGUUGCCUUCCCCAAUACUUACGGCCACAUCCCAACAACUUCGUGUAGCGUUUGGGGUCAAAGCUCCCUCAUUGCUCGGCUGUAGAUUAGUGGCUCUCACACCCACCUCAUGGCUUCUUUACCAUCCGAUACUCAUCUGCCUGAAAUGCCAUCAGCCGACUUAAGUGAAUUCAGGAAAGUUCUCAGUAAUUCGAAAAAUAUCAUAUGUCUCGCAGGGGCAGGCCUUUCCGCUCCGUCAGGCAUGCCCACAUUUCGUGGAUCCGACGGAGCCUUGUGGCGCAAAUACGACGCAUUGCGACUGUCCACGAAGGCAGGAUUCCUUGACAGUCCUUCUAGAGUCUGGCAGUUUGAACACUAUCGCCGAGAACUCGUAUUCAAGGCCAAACCUAACGCCGCUCACCUUGCAUUAGCGAAGUUUUCCAUACCAGCCUAUCGGGAACGUGUCGCCCCUGAAUCAACCUUCACCCUAAUAACUCAGAACGUGGACGAACUCAGCAAAAAAGCCCUGCAAUCUGUCAAAGCUUCGUUGCCCUCUGGUUCCAUUGACAAUGAACUCUCCGAUCCGGAUCAUCCACCUCUAAUCGAAAUGCAUGGUAGUCUUUUCGACUUGGUCUGCACAGCAUACGAAUGCGGGCAUCGCGAAAAGAAUUACAAUUCUCCCUUGUGUCCAGCACUUGCGGGUACCGAGUUGAUCUACGAAGCUGAUUCGAAAUUACCCGAACCUGAUAUUCCAAAGGAAGACUUACCCCGGUGCAGCAAAUGUGGAAGCCUGCAGCGUCCGGGUAUGGUCUGGUUCGGAGAGGUUCCAUAUCGUAUAGAUGAGAUUCUCAAACUGGCAGAGAAUGCUGACUUGUGUCUCGUUGUUGGCACAUCCUCAGUUGUUCACCCUGCUGCAAAGUUGGCAGGCAUGGUGAAAGCAGCCGGCGGAAAAGUGGCUGUUUUCAACGUCGACCGAAGUAAGCGUGAUGAGCAGGCUGAUUUCCUCUUCAUCGGCCCUUCGGAGACUAUUCUUCCUGAUGCCUUACGUAUGGAGGAUGUCUGACACUAGACCUCGCUUGUGAUGUAUGGCAUGUUUGAGGGAAGCGGUCAUACUAGCCUCCCUGUACAAUGUGAAGCGCUGCAGUUACUCUGGUACCUCAGGUC